CGGAAGUGGGCCUCGACGACUUCCUGGUAAACGUGCUGAGGGACCUGAGGUCUCCUGAGACAGCUGUUGCCGGCAGUAAUCUGAGGAAGAAGUCUGAAGACUUGCCAGGUGGCCCCAUCACCUACUCUGCCGCCCACACUGGUGCCUGCUCUCCCUGACCAGUGUCCUCAUGCCUCGCGGUCAGAAGAGUAAGAUCCGGGCCCGGGAGAAACGUCACCAGGCCCUGGGGGAGACUCAGAGUCUCAGUGAGGCCCAGGCCCAGGCCCAGACCCAGGCCCAGGCUGCCUCAGCAGAGGGGGAGGAGUCUUCUCCCCACUCCUCACCUGCUGCUGAAUCUGAGGCUACUCCCCCCGGCUCCCCUGCUGCUGAUCCUCCCCAGGAGCCCAAGCAGGCCCAGGGUCCUCGCUGUCCUGAUGCAGGGGCCUCGUGCCCAGGUGCCCACGAAGGUGCCCAGGGCCAAGAGGCGGCGAGCGGCAGCACCUCCCAGGUGGCAGCCGCCAUGGAGACCUACCGCAAGGAUCCCCUCACCAGGAAGGCCAGCAUGCUGGUUCAGUUCCUGCUGCAGAAGUACAAAAGCAAGGAGCCCAUCACUCAGGUAGCCUUGCUGAAGGUGGUCAAGAAGAAGUACAAGAAGCAAUUCCCCGAGAUCCUCAAGAGAGCUGCGGAUCGCAUGGACCUGGUGUUUGGCCUGGAGUUGAAGGAAGUCAACCCCAGCAACCCCUCCUACACGCUGGCCAGCAAGAUGGCGAUCCCCAGCGAAGAGGAUUUGGUGGGGAGUGUGGGCUUGCCCAAGACGGGCUUCCUGUUGGCGCUCCUGGGCGUCAUCUUCAUGAAGGGCAACCGUGCCUCCGAGGAGCAGGUCUGGGAUUUCCUCCAUGUCCUGGGGGUGCACGCUGGCAGGAGGCACCUCAUCUUUGGGGAGCCCCGCAGGUUCAUCACCCAAGAUCUGGUGAGAGAUAAGUACCUGGAGUACCGCCAGGUGCCAGGCAGUGAUCCCCCCACCUAUGAGUUCCUGUGGGGUCCCAGGGCCCAUGUGGAAACCACUAAAAUGCAGGUGCUGAAGGUUCUAGCCAAGCUCAGCAAUACCACCCCCAGUGCCUUCCCCGACCUGUACGAGGAGGCUCUGUUUGAUGAGGCAGACAGGGCAUGCAUGCGAUUCGCGGCCAGGGUUGGCACCACAGCCAAGGCUCGUGGGCCCUCUGGGGCCCAGCUCGCCAGCUCCCCCGGCACCUAGGGAGGCCUGGGACAGCUUUUCCACUUCAUGUUUGCAGAGAGCUCUCAGCCUCUAAGCAGUGGAGAGGCAAGUUGGAGCUUAUGAGAGCAAAGUAAAAGUCUUUUUUUGUCUUACUGUUCUAAACUAGUAAUUUUCUACAUAUUCAUUGCUAUUUAUCUUAUUUAGUUAACUUCUUAUUUUUCAAAUGUUUAUUCUUAUAGUGGAAAGUAUUUGCUUCAGAAUGUAAAUCUGUGAAUACAUGGCUCUGAUAUUUAUUGCUGUUUAAAGUUUGAAUGUUACAGUUUUUGUAUAUGUAUGAGAAAUCCAUGAACCAUGUUUUCUUUAUUAUCCAUACAUAGAUAACAUGGAAUAAUGAUAGGGAUUUUCGUGGAAAUGUGGAAGAAUAGCAACUAAAAUAUUUGGCAUCACAAAAUAGAGAAAUAGUUUCAAAAAGCAAAAUGUGUGUAAUUCAUGGUUUUCCUUUCUCCUUUUAGUAAAAAUAAAAACACUUUGAUUUAGAUUUUGAAAUUAUGUUUUAUGUUGUUUCACCCUAUUCCACUGCUAUUUUCAGCUAUCCAUUUGUUUACUAAUAAAAUCUGA